AUGGCCAGCCAUGGGCGCAACGGACCCGAGGGGGCAGGAGUAAUGCUCCGCGGGCCCAAGCUGCCGCUCUGGCUCUGCUCCUGUGGAUGCGCAUCCAACUGGGCAAGCAGGCUCAGGUGCAGAGAGUGCGACAGGCGGUGCUCCACCAAGGUUGAGGACGCUGCCAGGAAGGCGCACGAGGAGGCGUUCAAGGGCGGGCCCAAGCCGGGCAGCCACCCGCAGCCCCGCGGGGUCUGGGCGCGGCAGAAGCUGGCCCCGUGGGAGCAUGACAAGCUCCAGCGCCAGGACAGCGAGCUGGCCGCCCUUCGGCAGCAGGUCGAGGCGCUCAAGGCGGACAGCGCCAAGGCCAAGCUCACAGCCCUCAGUGACCUCAAGGAGGAGCUCCAGAAGCUCGGGGGAGGCGAGCAGGCCUCGAGCUGCGUCAAAGCUGUGGAGGCCAAGUACUCAGAGCCGCCCAAGCCCAAGAGCCUUCCAGCCCUCGAAGGGCAACGCAGGAAGCUCGAGGGGCAGCUCCAGAAGGCGCUCGGCAAGGUCGCAGAGCUCGAGAACCAGCGUGCCAAGCUCGACCUGCGGAUCGGCGUCCUCGGCGACGGGCUCAGGGGCUUGGCCAAGGUCCUCGAGCAGUUCAAGGCUACGGCAGUGGAGAACCAGGCAGUACUCCACGGACUCAUCCAGUUGCAGGACGUCGUCAAGAAGGAGCAGGCGAGAGUCACGAGCAGCGGCGCAAGCGCAUCAGCGACCUCAUCGGGGCACAGUUCAAGAGGCCUCGGGUUUGAUAGCCUGUGGCUCUACACGGUCGAUGCAAACACCGAGAAGGGAUAUCGGGAUUUCCUCGACUGGCUGGACGGCCUGCACAGUCUCGGCGUGGCAGGGCCGACGAGGCGGCCAGCUGCAGACAUCACCUUCGCGCAGGAGACGCGGGCGCGUGAAGGCGGCAGAGAGGCAGUCCAGCGGUGGCAUCGCAAACGUGGCUUCGACUUCGACCUGGCUGCAGGGCUCAGCACGGGUGAAGGGCCACUGUCUGUCUCAGGCGGGGUGGGCAUCGGUGCGCGGCAGCGGCUUGCGGUCGCCACGAUCGACGCCAAGUUCAGGCAGCCCCACCGCGUACUCAGACGGGUGGUCAACAUAGGCGACGGGCUCGCCAUCGAUCUCAUGUCGGUCUACCUUCGCGACGGCGAGGGCAUGAGCGAGGCCAACGCAGACAUCCUAUGGGACGUAGCGUCGCAGCUCAGAGUGGCGGCUCGGCCGUGGAUUCUAGCUGGCGACUUCAACGUGGAUCCCCUCCAGAUCGCGGCGUGGGCGGCUACGGCUGGAGGACUCGCGCUGCAUACAGGUACGGCGACCUGCAGGGCGGGGGCGCUCAGUGAGCUGGACUACGCGAUCAUCUCCGACGAGCUCCAGCACUUCGUGUUCAGCCACGGGCCAGUGGUCGAAGCCCCGGUCGGGCCGCACAGCCCCGUCCUGUCGGAAGUUCGAGGGCUGCAUGCGGACGCCACGGUGCAGCAGCUACACCGCACAGUGCGGCUGCCGUAUGAUCGGGCCAUCGGCUGCACUCCCUGGGCCCCGCUGCCUGCCUGGACCUGGGAAGAGGGCACGGCCCCCCCUAGCCCGAGGGCUGCCAUGCAGGAGUGGCUCAGGCAUGCCGAGGGCUACCUUCUCCCGCUCUACGACCUGUACGGCGACGAGGCUCAGAAGUUCGCAGGCAAGGCGGACGGAGUGCGCCUCGUCAACGUCUCGAUCGCCGACGCCAGCCGUCGCCGCUGGGCACAGCUCAGCUCGCAGGAAACCCACGCCUGGGGCGGUCUUGUCAGCCUGCUGCAGCGGGCCGACCUGCUGGCGGCGCGAGGGAAGGACUCCCAGGGCUUGGCCAGCCUGGGCAGCCGCCUGAAUGCGAUGCGCCUGGCCGACUACGACGGCAGCUGUGGCCCUGUGCCCAGGGGGAAGCUGGGCGCCGCAGCUACCUCCAGCGACGCGGCAUUGAGGAGGAGGCUCAUCGAGCACGCCAGGGCUCAGCACCAGGCCAGCCAGCGCAGCGACGCUGCAGCAGCCAGGAAGCAGUGGCAGGCCUGGGCCAAGGGCGCGGCCACAGGCGGGGGGAAGCUGGCCCAUCGGUUCUCCAAGCCUGAGCCGCUGGCCAAGGCGACCCUCGUCACGGCUGACGAGGAUGAGGGCGACGCGCUUCCCGUCAACGGCGACGAGGCAGUGCAGCACUGCCUCAAGGAGUGGCCCCCGCUCUGGCGCGACCCUCGACGGCGAGGAGGGCUCGAGGAGGCGGCCAGCUGGGAGGCAACCGAGCCGCUGCCACACCUUGAGGUGGACAGCCUCAGGUACCUGCUGAAGCGGCACGGGAGGUGGGCUGGCCUGGGAUGGGACCAGCUCCACCCGAGGCAGCUGCUCCGCUUGGGCGAGUCCUUCCUUGUCAGGCUCUUGGAGGUGCUGGCCAGCUGGGAGGACGCGCCCGAGGCCUACCUGGACUGGCUCUCGGCCAUUGUCUUCCCCGCCACGGCCGACGGUGGCAGGAGGCCAAUUGCGCUCACCUGCCUGCAGAUUCGGCUCUGGUCGGCCAUGCGAGGGCCCAUCGUCAGGGAAUGGGAGGCGAAGCACCACGAGGCAUGGUACAUCGGAGGCGAGCUCAACACGUGCGAGAGGGCUGGCUGGGUACACCAGACCCUAACAGCCCUGGCCUACGAGAAAGGCCUCAGCACGGGCACGGCCCUGGGCGACCUGCGGAAGUUCUACGAGAACAUCAGCCACAAGGAGCUCUUGGUGGAUGCGAACUCUACGGGCUUCCCAGUCAAGCUCCUCAGGGCCUGCUGCGUCACGUACUCGGGCUACAGGGUCAUCACGGUGGACGGGGCCUGCAGCGCGCCCUCUCGGGCUACGGGCACGGUGCUCGCAGACUGUUCAUGCGCUACGGGCAUUGCCAAGCUCCUUCUCUUCAGGUCCUGCAAGAAGGUCGCGGCCUUCUACCCCAGCGUGCGGCCGGGCAGCGUCGUCGACGACUUCACGCUCCAGACGGCUGGCACCACGGGCAUGGUGAAGGACGGCAGGGCGCAGCGUGGCAGGCUGCUGGGGAACGACGUGCACGACGGGCGCUGGAGGCGCACAGCCAUCGGGGCACAGCGCGUUGAGGAUGCGCUGGCCAGGACUCGGCGGCUGCAGAUACAGAGGACGGCUGACGCUAAGGUCGCCACGGCGCAGAGGGGCGGCCCCACGGCAGCCGCCACCCGGGGCUCAGCCCCGACUGGCCUCGCCCCCUCGGUCCUACAUGGGCUACGUGUGGCUGCAGCGCGCGGUGAAGGGCCAUUUGCGCCAGGUGCUUCAGUCGGCCUGAGGCUGAGGUGCUUCCCCAAAGGCAUCGAGAGGGACCCCGCGGUGGUGAACGCGGGCCAGGUCGUGCUGCAGUUCGGCAUGGCGCCCUGGCUGGGCUACCCCACCCCGUUCGCCCUCAGCACGCUGCUGGAGAAGGCCAAGCAGCGGCUCGUGUCGGCGAAGCGGCCAUGGGCAACCUGCAGGGACCCCGUGGCAGCCUCUCUCCUCACCAUCAACAGGCUCGGCUGGUCCAUCGAGGGCUGCAGGUAUGUCACCACGGACCAGGGGUUAGAGGUCGACCUCGCCAGGGUCUCGCCGCCCUUCAGCAAGGAGCUAGCAGAGGGCGCGGCCAAGAGGUGGUCGGACCGCGACGCCACCUUCAGGCUCUACCCCCACCAGAGAUCGGAGCUUUUCUGGGGCUCGCUGCAGCGCCUGGGCAGGACCAAGGAGUCGCUCGGCUGGCAGCAGCACCAGCGGGCGGCACUCCACUCAGUCAUUUCAGGCACGGCCCUUUCCCAGUCGCGGCUCUACAAGAGAGGCAUGGCCUCAGAGUGGGAAUGCCUCAUAUGCAGGAGCGCUCCUGGCACAAUCUGGCACAGGCUGCACGGCUGCGAUGGUCACGCGGCCUAUCGCAAGGACGAGGCAUCGCCCGAGCUCCUUCGGCACGCGGAGGUGGCACGGGCUGCAGGAGGCAACUGUGGCGAGACGUUCGGCAGGUGCCUCUUCCCGUCGCUUGACCAAGUGAUCCCGAGGCGAGACCCCGAUGGAGACCCAGUUCGGUGGUUCCAGCGACCAGCCUCGGGGUAUCUCACAGGCCUCAUCUUCACCGACGGCAGCGCGGUCGGCACGCGGUGGCCAGAGCUGCAGCGCGCGGGCUGGUCGCUCGUGCAGUGCGACGGGCAUGGGCGCAUGGUCGCUGCAGCAUGGGGUUGGGUGCCCCUCUCCAUGGCGCCGCGGCAGGAAGCGCGGGACGGCGAGGACUACGCCUACCACACGGCGGCGUUCCUCUGCGAAGGCCACAUCGACUUCCAGACGGACUGCUCAGGGGCCCACAUGUGGAACGCGUUUUACGCCUCCUUCGACAGCUCACGGAGCUACACUGUCACCAAGGUGCUGGCCCACGCCACAGCUGCCGACGUGGAGACUGAUCGCACGACCUGGCGGCAGCAAGCAGGCAACAAGCUCGCCGACGAGGCAGCGACGGAGGGCGCUAAGCUGGCGCUGGCAGACGACCAGCUGGACUUCGCCUACGGCCUCGAUCCCAUCGCCAGAUUGGCGAUGGUCUUCACGGGCAAGCUCCACGCGCGCAUGGCGGAUCGGAAGCAGAUCGACCACGCCAGCGACGUCACCCUGGAGCUCGCGGAGCACGAGGAGAGCUACGAGGAGCCCGAGGCCAGUGGCGGCCACGCUGCCGAGGCCUCCUGGGCGGCUGCAGGGCUCUUCCCUAGCGUGAAGGGCGGCCGUGGCGCAUGGCGCCUCGGGGAGCAGCGCGUUCCCUCCGAGGCCUGGCAAGUGAAAUUCUGCCAGAGGCUCGGGCCCCCCGCCGCCCCCGAGGUCAGCAGGGCCACGGGCACUGGGCAGCCGAGCCCAGCGCCACGUUUGCCCCGUUCGCGUGCGCUGCAGCGUUUUGGGGUCGGGCCAGAGCAGGAGGCCGAUUUCCUUUCCUGGUCGGCCAGGCAGCGUGCUGCUCGGAGGUCCGAGGGAGACCCCGACGUGAUCGAAGGGGAGUCCUCCGACUAA